UGGUCUAGCUGCCUAGCUGCCUAGGGGUAGUAGACAUCUUCUAGUCGGAUACUCCCAACCGCAGAACGCGUGCUUCUUGUAUAUUAUUUUUGGGAAAAAGAAGCAGAGUCUAUCAACGCUAAUUCGUAGCUCCUAAUCGCACUUCGAUGGAAUUGAAUUUGAUGUUCAGAGUGAACGUAGUAAAGUAGAGAGACAUAUGGGAUAGUGGUUUUACCCGUGGCGAUAAGAUAUAGAUCAGAAACUGUAAUCAUUGCAUAAAUAGAACCUUUGUGCCAUUGUGAGCAACCACUCGCUAACUUCAGCAUGUUGAGAGCUCUGGUAUUUGCCUGUUCGGCUCUGGCCGUGAUCUCGGCGGCUCCGCAGUCCUCGCCGACGGGACGCGUUGUUGGAGGCGACGAUGCAAUAGCUACCCAGUUCCCACAUCAGAUCUCGCUGCGCUACAAGGGAUCCCACAUUUGCGGCGGCUCCAUUGUUGCCCGAGACUACGUGCUGACCGCAGCCCACUGCGUCACCGAAGAAGAAGCCGACGGCACUUUGGUUCCCACGCCUGCCAGCAUGCUGAGCAUUCGGGCAGGCACCCUGGAUCGCUUCGUUGGCGGCAUGGUCAGGAACGUGGUCAAUGUGCGAGUGCAUGAGGAUUACAAUAGCUUCUGGAACGAUUUGGCGCUCCUUAAGCUGGAAACCUCUCUCAUCUAUUCCAGCCAGAUACGCGCCAUUCCACUGGCCAGCGUCGAGACACCUGUCGGCAGUCCAGUCAUCAUCUCCGGCUGGGGCAGGCUGUGGCACGAGGGCGACUUGCCACGCCAGCUGCAGUUCAAUACGCUCAGCUCCAUAUCGAAAAGAGAUUGCUUAACCUCCAUCGCAGUCUACAGAGACAGCAUGCUCUGUCUGGCGCAUGAGCAGAACAAUGGAGCCUGCAAUGGCGACUCUGGCGGCCCGGCCAUCUACAAUGGUGAGCUAGUAGGCGUGGCCGGCUUUGUUGUCAACGGGUGCGGCUCCUCCAAGCCCGAUGGCUAUGCCAAGGUUUUCUACCAUCGCGACUGGAUCAUAAAGCAUGCCAACUUGUAGAGCAAGCGAUAUUACACAAUAAAUAAACUGACUCAAAUCUUUAGAAGAACCAAGAAAAAAUGAAUGAAGAGAUUUGUGGGUUUCUUCCAGUUUGACGCAAGUUGGAAUCUGAGAUAGGACAAUCUUCUUUUAGCUAUUCAUGGCCCACUUAUGUAGAACUGCAUGGAACUGUCCACAUAAUCCAUAAUUCUUAAAAAGGCAAGAUAAACUAUUUCCCAAUUGCAAGCAGCGUCAGUUUCUCCCACCCAAGAUAAGUUAUACUUCUAAGAAGUCAACUAGACUCAGACCGAAAGUCCAACUUCUG